AUGAUUCGGAUCCCCUUGAGACCUACGAUCCCGGGGAUAUCCUUCCACCCCCUCAGAUGUGGACUCAGCUGUUGGAGACAAACACCAAUAGUGUAUUUUUGGCCGCUCUUGAGCGGGGUUAUGAAGGGUGGAAAAGAGAAUACCAAAACUCUGCAAGUGAGUCAGGGUCUAAUGCAGGUGCGGAGCCGGACAAACGAGAUGAAAGCCAGAAGCAACGAAGUGGCGCAACAGGGUCAUCAAGAAAACGGCUACACUCAGAGCUCGACGAUGAUUCCGGCGAUGAAAACCCCGAAGAGCGGCGUAGAUGUGGUCCUCGCCCCAAGCCGACACCAUCAGAUGCAGAUUCGCCGAGCCGUUUGCUGGCGUGUCCUUUCUGGAAAGAGGAUUCCAGUCACUGGAGAAUGUUUUCGGUACAAACUAAAGAGAAUUCGGGACGUCAAACAACAUUUGAGGAGAAGCCAUUGCAGAAGCUACUGUGUUCGGUGUGGCGCGGAGUUUGAAAAUGCCGGGGAAUUGGACCUACACUAUAAACGGGAUCAACCAUGCGACAAGGUUGUCUUUCAGGCCAAGUGGCUAUCUGAGCUACAGCAGAAGGCGCCCAGGGAAAGUAGAGCAAACCCAAAGCUCUCCCUUGAGAGCCAGUGGUAUACAAUCUGGGACAUUUUUUUUCCAGAAACACCGAAGCCCAGUUCGCCCUACGUGGACAGCACGAUAUCAGAGGACCUCAGUUCGUUUCUGGAAUUUUUCAACCAGCGAGGUUCAGACAUUAUUCGAGAGACAGGAGAGAGUCUCGGAUUUCAUCCGGGGUUGAUGCAAGAAAGACAACUUCUUCAAACAUUCAUCGCCAGAAUCUAUGACCGUUGGGCUUCUCCAGGAGGACACGCCCAGCGCACGGCUGCGCCUUCGCCCUUACAGGAGAACCCACAGCUUCUUCAAACUGGCUCUGAGCCUGACCUUGCAUGGGCACCACCAAGCAGUACGGAUACACAGGAAUACAGCACUCCGGCCUUGAUGGACCUGACGGCCGACACAACCACGCAGCAGGAUCAACAGACUGCGCCUGAGGCUUCUUUCACCACUCCUAACCACAUAGAAGCCGUUCAGAGUUAUCACUCACUCGAUCCUUUUACCACCGCCACGAUUGAGUCAAGUGUUCUAUGGUCAAACGUACCGGACUAUGCAGGCCUGGUUCCAAACACAUCAGACAACAUUAUGGUCCCAUCUGACAGUACGCCGCUGAUUCAGGCCAACAACGCACCUGUCUACAUAGAGGAGCCAACAUCUCUUCUUCACUACGAUCGCGAUGGUGAUCUGUUCAGCAUCGACGAUUCAACUGCAGACCAGACUAGUCGUUUCUCGGAAGGGACAUCGAGGCAUGAAAGAACAACGACAGCGCCAUUUGAGGACAGCCUCGACUUGCUUAACACUGAAUUUGACCUCCUGCAAGCAGCAUCCCUGGAAAUUUCGCAUCUUGAUAGCUUGGAUGUGGUAUUCCCGGACAACUUUCUUUGGGACCACAACAUGAACCUUGACGAGGGGGGGGAAAGCUCGUAG